UGGCUUUGUACUAUCUUGUUUUUCUCAAUGGAGAACAACCCAGUUCAGCUUUUUCCUCAUCUCACUGUAACACUCCUCCUUACUAUGACUGUUUUGUUUCCUUUGACUAAGGAAGCUGCUGCAGUUUCUUCCAUCAAGACUGAUGCAGAGGGUCUUCUAAUGUUCAAAAAGAUGAUUCAGAAGGAUCCAGAUAGAGUUUUGUCAGGGUGGCAGAUAAAUAGAAACCCAUGCAGUUGGCAUGGAGUGACUUGCACCCUAGGAAGAGUUACUCAGCUUGAUCUUAGUGGGAAUAGUAACCUUGCUGGGACUAUUUCUUUUGAUCCUCUGUCUUCUUUAGAUAUGUUAUCCAUUCUGAAAUUGUCUUUGAAUGUAUUUUCUGUGAAUUCUACUUCUUUGCUUCAGCUACCAUAUAGUUUGACACAGCUUGAUCUAUCCUUUGGUGGAGUUACAGGUCCUGUCCCUGAAAAACUUUUCUCCAAGUGUCCAAAUCUUGUUGUUGUGAAUCUUUCUUACAACAACUUGACAGGCCCUAUUCCUGAAUAUUUCCUGCAAAAUUCUGAUAAACUGCAGGUCCUUGACCUCUCUUCCAACAAUUUGACAGGGUCAAUCUCUGGUCUGAAAAUUGAGUGCAAGUCCUUGUUGCAACUUGAUCUAUCUGGAAACCAUUUAUCAGACUCAUUUCCAAUCUCUUUGUCAAACUGCACCAGCCUUCAAAAUUUGGAUUUAGCCAACAAUUUCAUUUCUGGUGAAAUCCCAAAAGCUUUAGGUCAGCUGAACAAACUACAGACUUUGGAUCUUUCCCACAAUCAACUUACUGGCUGGAUCCCUUCUGAAUUUGGAAAUGCUUGUGCAUCUCUUUUAGAACUUAAACUUUCUUUCAACAACAUCUCAGGCUCAAUCCCCACUAGUUUCUCUUCUUGCACUUGGCUUCAACUUCUUGACAUAUCAAACAACAAUAUGUCAGGUCAAUUACCAGAUUCAAUCUUUCAGAACUUUGGAUCAUUGCAGGAACUGCGGCUGGGAAAUAAUGCUAUCUCAGGGCAAUUUCCAUCUUCAAUAUCUUCCUGCAAGAAAUUGAGGAUUGUGGAUUUCAGCUCAAAUAAAGUUUGUGGAUCUAUCCCCAGAGAUAUAUGUCCAGGUGCAGCCUCACUUGAGGAACUGAGAAUGCCAGAUAAUCUCAUCACAGGAGAAAUCCCAGCUGAACUGUCAAAGUGCUCACAACUGAAGACACUUGAUUUUAGUCUGAACUAUCUCAAUGGUUCAAUCCCUGAUGAGCUUGGACAACUUGAAAACCUUGAGCAGCUAAUAGCAUGGUUCAAUGACUUGGAAGGAAAGAUUCCACCAAAGUUGGGCCAGUGCAGGAAUCUUAAGGAUCUCAUACUGAAUAACAAUCGCCUCACUGGUGGAAUUCCCAUUGAGUUGUUCAAUUGCAGCAAUCUUGAAUGGAUAUCACUGACAAGCAAUGGACUCAGUGGUGAAAUACCACGUGAGUUUGGCCUCUUGACAAGGUUAGCAGUUCUGCAGCUUGGAAAUAACAGCUUCACAGGAGAGAUACCAGAAGAGCUAGCACAUUGCAGCAGUUUGGUGUGGUUGGACUUGAACAGCAACAAGCUCACUGGAGAGAUCCCUCCUAGACUUGGCAGGCAGCAAGGAGCAAAAUCAUUGUUUGGGAUCCUCUCAGGAAACACUUUGGUGUUUGUAAGAAAUGUUGGAAACUCAUGUAAAGGAGUUGGAGGUUUGUUAGAAUUCUCUGGAAUUAGACCUGAAAGGCUCUUGCAGGUUCCAACAUUGAGGACUUGUGAUUUCACAAGACUCUAUUCUGGUGCUGUCCUCAGCCUGUUUACCAAGUACCAGACUUUGGAGUAUCUUGAUCUCUCCUACAAUGAGCUUCGUGGAAAAAUCCCAGAAGAAUUUGGAGAUAUGGUGGCUCUACAGGUUCUUGAAUUAUCUCACAAUCAGCUAUCUGGAGAAAUCCCUUCAUCACUUGGCAAGCUCAAAAAUUUGGGUGUGUUUGAUGCAUCACACAAUAGACUUCAGGGUCAUAUCCCUGACUCUUUCUCAAACCUCUCAUUCUUAGUGCAAAUUGAUCUGUCUAACAAUGAGUUAACUGGGCAAAUCCCAUCCAGGGGACAACUAAGUACACUCCCAGCUACACAGUAUUCAAACAACCCUGGUCUUUGUGGUGUUCCAUUGCCUGAUUGCAAGAAUGACAACAUCCAAUCCAUAACAAAUCCAAGUGAUGAUGUUGGCAAAGGAGGCCAUAGAUCAGCAACUGCAUCAUGGGCAAACAGCAUUGUCAUGGGAAUCCUCAUUUCUGUUGCUUCUAUAUGUAUUUUAAUAGUGUGGGCAAUUGCAAUGCGCGUAAGGAGGAGGGAGGCUGAGGAAGUCAAGAUGCUUAAUAGCUUGCAAGCAUCCCAUGCUGCUACAACAUGGAAAAUUGACAAAGAGAAAGAGCCCUUAAGCAUUAAUGUUGCAACAUUUCAGAGGCAGCUUAGGAAGCUCAAAUUCUCACAGUUGAUUGAAGCAACCAAUGGCUUCUCAGCAGAAAGUCUUAUAGGGUGUGGUGGUUUUGGGGAAGUGUUCAAGGCCACACUCAAGGACGGGUCAAGUGUUGCAAUAAAGAAGCUCAUUCGACUGAGUUGUCAGGGUGAUCGAGAAUUCAUGGCUGAGAUGGAAACCUUAGGGAAGAUCAAGCAUAGAAACCUUGUCCCUUUAUUGGGAUACUGCAAAGUAGGAGAAGAGAGGCUACUUGUUUAUGAAUACAUGGAGUAUGGAAGCCUAGAAGAGAUGCUUCAUGGGAGAGUAAAGACACGUGAUCGACGAAUUUUAACAUGGCAAGAAAGGAAGAAGAUUGCAAGAGGUGCUGCCAAAGGACUUUGUUUCCUGCACCACAAUUGCAUCCCACACAUCAUCCAUAGAGACAUGAAAUCAAGCAAUGUGCUACUUGACCAUGAAAUGGAGUCCAGGGUGUCAGAUUUUGGAAUGGCAAGACUAAUAAGUGCCCUUGAUACACAUCUUAGUGUAAGCACACUAGCAGGAACACCUGGAUAUGUUCCACCAGAGUACUACCAAAGUUUCAGGUGCACUGCCAAGGGAGAUGUUUACUCAUUUGGGGUUGUAAUGUUGGAACUUCUUAGUGGCAAACGCCCUACUGAUAAGGAGGACUUUGGUGACACUAACUUGGUGGGGUGGGCCAAAAUGAAGGUACGUGAAGGGAAACAGAUGGAAGUAAUUGACUCUGACUUGCUUUUGGCAACUCAAGGAACAGAUGAUGAAUCAGAAGCCAAAGAAGUGAAAGAGAUGGUCAGAUAUUUGGAGAUUACUUUGCAGUGUGUUGAUGACUUGCCUUCCAGAAGGCCAAACAUGUUGCAGGUAGUGGCCAUGCUGAGAGAGCUUAUGCCUGGAUCAACUGAAGGAAGCAGCAACAGUGCUUGAACAAUAUUAUUGUCCAUAAUUAUU